UGAAUAUACCCCACCAACCAACCAAUUAUUACAUAUUAGAAACAUUUAAAAUUAUAUAUGUUGCCAUAUGAAAUUUAAAUUAUAUAGGGAUGGAGACAUUCUACCACUUGAUGCCUCAACGUGCCUCUAUAUGACUAUUCUUCACUUCCCACACACCAUCUGUUUUGAAGUUGUUUUAAACCAAUUCAAACCUUGUGUUUCUAGAAUAGAGUAUCAAUUUCAUUUCCAGAUCAUCUCUAGUUUUAGAUGGAUACAUGAAAAAUUAUUUGAAUUUUUCAUAAUAUAUUAUACAAAUUCCACGCUUAUAUUAAUUAUAUACUCAAGCCUCCAACACAAUGUGAUGAUACUCUAAUAUACUAAAGACGGCCAGGUGAUAAAGAUGGAUCCAUUUUAACAUUUUGAUUGUUAAUAGACCAAAAGCCAGGCCGUUGUUUAGUUUUGAAUAUUUCAGUUGAAAUUAUAAAAUGUAGUUUUUGAUACUUUGAAGCUUGGUGUAAGCUUGUUUGUCUUCCAAGGUUACAAGAAAUGGGGAACACAAGAUACCUUUUGCAUUUUAGUAUAUUGGAUGAAUCAAACGUAUGCCUAUCAUAAUAAUUCGCUUCAUUUAGAAAUAAAACUAUAUAAUUUCAAGAUAAAAAGCAUUUGAUGAGCUCAUUCUCUAUAAUGAACAUUAAAUCUAAAUUAUCUUCAUUAUACGCUAAAGACUAGAAGACAAGCAAGAAGACAAACAAGAGUGCACCAAUCUGUGUGGUUUAGGUAUGGCUCCCAUCGAUCCAACUUUAUGGGUGAUGCAUACUACUUUGUUUUUCCUUUUGAAAUUUCAAUGACCAUUUGUUUGCCCCUAAAAGAAUUCUUUUUUAAUGUUUCAUCACAGAUCCGUCACUAUCAUUUUUGGCUCAUUCAUACUCUAAUUAUUGGUAAUACCCUUUUAUUCAACAAUAUUUAUUAGAAAGGAACAACAUAAUGUAUUCAUAAUCGAAAUUUUAUUCAAUUAAUCCCACUAUAUAAAAGGGACUAAUUUUGGAUGUUAUAAAGGAUGCCACAUGGGCAAAAUAUUCUCAGCCAUUCAUUCUGCCACGUCACGUCGACAGUGGGUCCUCUGUGUUUUAUUGUUUUUCGAGUGGGUUUACGGUGUGUUUUGUUUUGUUUUGAUUUGGGCUUUCACAUGUUAUUGGUUGGCCCAAUCUCUAAAUGGAAUGACGUAAGUGAUGCGUUGUUUUUACCGAUUCCUCUUCUCGCUAGCACAUUAAUUAGUGAACCCUGUUUCUUAAAAAAGGUUUAACCAUGUUAAUCGUACAUCUUUCAUGGGAAUAACCUCAAUCGUGAGGCGUUUAGGUGAGAGGAAACGACGAGAUAGCGAUUUCUUUAGGUUACACCGUGAUUGGAAAACCCUAGCUUAGAUCCUCUAGACUCAAUCCAAGCCUAAAGGUUCGUCUCUUCACCUUCUCCUUAGAUCUGCUUCAUAAUCAUCUUUCUCGAUUCGCCGAUGCUUUGAAUGGUUGACACUAGGCAGAUUUUUGUAGAUUUUCGAUUCGUUGCACCGUUUCUCAAUACCAAUUGAGAUUCGUGUUCUAAUAUUGCUGAAAUCGAUUACGAGGUCUCUUAUCAAAGGUUGUGCAGAACCCAAAAAAGUUUAGAUCACUGACGGUGACCUAGGGGAUUCGUUUGAGAUGUCAAGCUUUCACGUGGGAGGAAAGGUAGUGGACAAGGUCGACUUGUGUAGGAAGAAACACUGGGCGUGGCCUUUGGAUGUUUGGCCGUUUGCUAUCCUCUAUGCUACGUGGUUGGCUACAAUCGUGCCUAACGUAGAUUUCAUCGAUGCUAUGAUCGGUUUUGGUGAUCUUCUUGCUUCUCACAUCUUAGUCUUGCUUUUCACUAUGUGGUCUGUGGAUUUCAAGUGUUUUAUCCAGUUUAGCAAGGUUAACAGUAUCAUCCAGGCAGAUGCGUUUAAAGUCACCCCAGCCAAGUUUUCUGGUUCUAAAAAAGGUGUGCCUCUUCAUUUUCGUAGCCAAAUGACUGGUUCGUCAUCCUCAGGAGACAUGGAAUAAAUUUUUUUUGACUUCAGAAAGCAGCGUUUUAUGUACUCAAAAGAGUUAGGAGCCUUUUCCAAGCUUCCUUACCCCACAAAGAAAACAUUUGGUCAUUAUCUAAAAUAUACUGGCCAUGGUACAUAAGAUAAAGUUGCAACAGCCACUGAUAAGUGGGGAAGGAACGUGUAAGACAACUUAUCACUUUUAUAUACAUGUUUUUAUUAUAAGUUCAUUUUAUGGUCGACAAUUGAUGUUUUUAUUGGCAAUUCUUUUUUGCAUGUCUCUUAAUUUCUGCAAUCAGUUUGUCUUUUUUUUUUGUGUCUAACUAACUUUUCUUUUCCAAACAUUUCUCUUUCUGAAUAUAUCCAAUCCAGAGCAUGGUUGUUCUUUUUUUCUUAAUAAAAUGUUGGAUCCGUCAAAGCCAGAUCCGGAUCCAGAUCCAGAUAUUUUAAUUUUUUAGUCCGGAUAUCUAGAUCCGUAAGUUUUAUUAAUAACUAUUUCAAAAAUAAUAAUAUCUAUAUAUAAAAAUUAAUUUUAUUUAAUAUAUUUCAUUUUUAAUAGUAUAUAUAAAUUUUAUGUAAAUUAUGUAAUAUUAUACAUAAAAAAAUUAAAAAAAAUAUAUAUAUUAUAUAUUUUUUAUUUUUAAAUUAUUGUUAAUAUUUUAUAUAUAUUAAUAUUAUUUUUUAUUUAUUUUAAGGAUCCAGAUCUUUAUCUGGUGGAUGCAUAAUUUAACUAUCCUUAUCCGGAUUCGGGGUUCUCGGAUAUCCGGAUGUUGGAUAUCCUUCUAAAAAUUGUAAUAUCUGGCGGAUAUCUGAUCCAUCCUAGGCGGAUUCAAAAUUGAAAAUCUGUUUUGUUAUUACACAAUGUGUUAAAUGGAAAAAUAUUAAAAUUUCAUAUUUUAUUUUCAAAUCAAACAAAAACAUAAAAAACAAAAACAUAAAAAAUAAAUAAUCAGAAAACAGGUUAAAUAGAUAUGUAAACAUUUACAAAAUUUAAUAAAAUAUUAAAAUAAAACAAUUAACAUAUUAAGUCAAAAAAUCAAAAUCAAAAUUUUAAAUAAAAAUAUAUAA